CAUGUAACUGAUCGAGCUAUAACCACCUCCGUUUCCAUGUCACAGUUAUCAACACUUCCAUAUUAUCAAAAUAUCAACACACCGGUUAUCAUGUACCGACGUGACAACCGGAUCCAAAGAAUUUCAACAAAAAUAUCGACGAUCAACAACGGAUUCCCGUUAAUUCUGAAUUCGGCUAACCCAGUAACGUGUUGGAAUUUCGUUUGAUUGGGUUCAACUCCCUUGUAAAUUAUAAUCGUCAUUUUCUUCUCGACACUCGAUAGUCGUGUCGUCAUUAAAUUCAUAAUAUACAUUUCGUUUUUCGCUUUGACCGCGUCCUGUGAAUUAUUUUUUUAACAUCACGCAGUUUUAUUCGGUUAAUAGUAAAUUUAUUAUAUUUUCGUUUUAAAAAUGAUUCGUUCAAUGCUUUUAGUGGCGUUAGUAUUGAUGGCUGCAGUGGUUGCAAAAAAAUCACCCGACGGUCAAAAACCGUCUUGGGCUAAAAAAGAUAUUAACUUUUAUUCCGAGGCCGACAUGGAGCGAUUGCUUGACCAGUGGGAGGAAGAUGAAGAGCCUUUGGAGCCUGACGAGUUACCUGAACACUUGAGACCUCCUGUCAAUAUUGAUCCAACUUUGUUAGGAAAUGAUCCAGAUGCCAUAUUAAAACUAUCCAAAAAAGGCAAAACUUUAAUGACAUUUGUAAAAGUAUCACCUAAGUAUAAUAAAGAUGAUGUCGAGAAAAUAACUAAACUCUGGCAAUCAAGUCUUUGGAACAACCACAUUCAAGCAGAAAGAUUUAUGGUUGAUGAUAAUCGAGCUAUAUUCAUGUAUAAAGAUGGCUCACAAGCUUGGGAUGCAAAGGAUUUUCUAAUACAACAAGAAGACUGUGUUGAUGUAACAAUUGAAAAUCAAGUAUACAAAGGUCCAGCCUCUCCAUUUGUUGAAGGAAACGUUGAAAAAGUGGAAUUAUAAUUGUUAUUUUCUAUUAGUUUAAAUUAUUUAUUUAUCUCACUUAAUAUAUUUGUGUACAGUUAUUCUAA